AUGAGAGUCCUCACCCGCCUCCUCGCCGCUCCCAUCACGAUCGGCUCCAAAGCAAGCCUCAACACCGAACCUCUCGCUCUGCUUCCUCCGAUUCCGCUGUACCGACGUCUGCUUCGAGUACAUCGCAAAAAGCUUCCGGCCGAAAUGCGUUUGUUGGGGGAUGAAUAUGUGAAAAGCGAGUUUAGAGCGCAUCGGAGUAUUGAUAAUCCUAUUCACAUUGUCGGCUUCUUGACCGAAUGGCAACUGUAUGCUCAGCAAUUGGAGGGCGAUUCUUGGCAGGGCAAUAAAUUGGAUAAGGCGAAGCUUGAAAAGAUGAGUGAUCAACAAAUCGGCCAACUCUAUGAACUCAUGCAAGCUAUCCAGAACAAGUCCGAAGGAAGUGGAGAGCAAGAAUAA